GUGCCUGAUUGCUACCUCAUCAUCUCACCUACAGAUCGCAAACAUGUCCAACCCUCCGUCCGGAACGUCGACGCCGCGCGCCUUCACCGCGCAGUCCGCCACGGCGGAAGACCUGCUGAAAUCGCAAACCGUCGGCCUGGUGAACCUGGCGGACUUCCGCAAGAGAAGAGCCGAUGUGUUAGAACUGAAAGAAAAGGAGGCAAGAGAAGCGGCGGGGUCGAGAACGAGGACGCCCGAGAGUGACGGCACAGUGCGGCGGCGACACGAAAGAACGACGAAGGUGGUCCUCCAAGUAAGAAGUUGAAGAAGAAGAAGACUGCGGCGAAGGGUUUAUUAUCGUUUGGAGGCGACGAAGACGAGGAUGCGGAGGGCAGAAGUGCGGCCUCAACGCCAGCGCCGCGAAGCUUGAGAACAUCGGCCGAACCGUCGCCUGAGCCAUCCACGAUCACUCGCAAAUUGACCCCCAACCCCAACUCGACACUCCCUCCACCCCGUGCAAUCACAAAAGCCGCACUGGCGGCGGACGCUUUGGAACGAGAAAGGCUCCGGAAGGAAUUUCUCGAGAUUCAAGAACGGGUCAAGGAGACGGAGAUUGAGAUCCCCUUUGUGUUCUACGAGGCUGGGGCGAAUGUCCCCGGCGGGAGCGUGAAAGUGAAAAAGGGCGACCAUGUGUGGUUGUUCCUGGAGAGGUGCAGAAAGGUCGGCGCAGAACUUGGUGUCUCCGGCUCUGGCUCAGGGUCUGGUGGUGGCCCGAGUGGUGCCGCGCAGAAGAAGAGCAGGGAGGACUCGAGAAAACAGUGGGCACGGGUGGGCGUGGAUGACUUGAUGCUUGUGAGGGGCGAAGUCAUUGUGCCGCAUCACUAUGAGUUCUACUAUUUCAUUGCGAACAAGAUCCCUGAUCCGAGCAGGGAAGGCAAGUUGCUAUUCGAGUACUCUGGAACAGCGGAUAUCAGAGAGUCUGGCUCGGUGGGACAAGAUGUCGACGCCAGCGCACUGUUACGGGUGCCUGGAAAGAAGCAAGAGGCGUUAGAAGGGCAUAAUGACGACCCGACGCGGAUGAAAGUGGUGGAUCGACGGUGGUAUGAGAGGAACAAACACAUCUAUCCGGCGAGUGUAUGGAAAGAGUUCAAGGCUGGCAAGGAGUUUGAGGAGAUCUCCAAGGGAGGCAGAAGGGAUGCCCAAGGCAAUGCCUUUUUCUUUGGCUGAUAUGGACACGACUCUGCGGCAGAGCGAAGCAAGGUAGAAAUGGAUCCGCCUGAAUGAAUGUCACACGGAAGAUGAGGUGGUGUUUUGCGAGGCCAUGGGGCAAGUGCGGACAGGCUGAGCCUCGUCGUCAUCUCCAUCGUCUCCCGGUUGUGCAAGCUGCCAACCUCCCGAAUCGACACUGUGAUUUCUCCUCCGCCCAUUUCCACUCCACGGUUCAGCCAAUUG